AUGGAGAAGAUGCGAUUUAUCACGGAGCGCUGUUUAAUGGAGUGUGGGUCUACCGCAGAGUCGCUCAUUAACGUCGUGACCUCGGUGAGCAUGGUGCCGCUCGAUGCCUGCUAUUUCCUGUGGUGUCCCGCUGUGGCGAAUAGUUGUGACUGCUGCACACUGCCCCCCACUGGGCGCAGUACAGCUCUGCGGCCCUACGGCUCCACACCCCGCUGGAAUAUCAGAGCAUCUGUCCCCCCCGUGGCUCGCUUUUCAAUUCGCACAAGGCCAUCUCCCUCCAGCACCGGCAUUUCUCAAAGACUCUGGCCACACGCAGUGGGAAUACAUUAUCAAUGCAUCCGCAGCUAUACCUGGGAGGCCUGA